UUCGUCGUUUAUGGAGCUGCGUCUGUAGUAAAAGAGCAUCUUCGCUCGACGCUUUUAAGUAAAAGACGGCAUCUCCGAACUAACAUGGCAGUCAGGCUGUGUGAUGUGGCUUCUCUGCUUAGAAGUGGCUCGUGGGCGGCAGAGCCUUGGACUGGGCAGGUGAUUGCUGCCAUGGAAACGCAACUCUCCAACGGCCCGUCGUGCAACAACACGAGCAACGGUCCCAACCAGAUCAACUGCCCGUCGCCGGUGGAGUCGGGCGGCCUCGAGGACAGCAAGACCAACCUGAUCGUGAACUACCUCCCUCAGAACAUGACGCAGGAGGAGCUCAAGAGUCUGUUCGGCAGCAUCGGCGAGAUCGAGUCCUGCAAACUCGUACGAGACAAGAUAACAGGGCAGAGUCUGGGUUACGGCUUUGUGAACUACGUGGAGCCGAAAGACGCUGAAAAAGCCAUCAACACUUUAAAUGGACUGAGGCUGCAGACCAAAACCAUCAAGGUGUCCUACGCCCGUCCCAGCUCCGCCUCCAUCAGAGACGCUAACCUGUACGUGAGCGGCCUGCCCAAGACCAUGACGCAGAAGGAGCUGGAGCAGCUGUUCUCCCAACACGGUCGCAUCAUUACCUCACGAAUCCUGGUCGAUCAGGUCACAGGCGUGUCUCGAGGGGUGGGUUUUAUACGCUUCGACCGGCGUAUAGAAGCUGAGGAGGCCAUCAAAGGUCUGAACGGGCAGAAGCCACCCGGAGCCACAGAGCCCAUCACCGUCAAGUUCGCCAACAACCCGAGUCAGAAAACCAGCCAGGCUCUGCUGUCCCAGCUUUACCAGUCUCCUAACAGGAGGUACCCGGGACCCCUCGCCCAGCAGGCUCAGAGAUUCAGGUUGGAUAACCUGCUGAACAUGGCUUACGGAGUGAAGAGUAGGUUCUCCCCCAUGGCCAUCGACGGCGUCACCAGCCUGGGCAUCAACAUCCCGGGUCACGCGGGCACGGGCUGGUGCAUCUUCGUCUACAACCUGGCGCCGGACGCCGACGAGAGCAUCCUGUGGCAGAUGUUCGGCCCGUUCGGCGCCGUGACCAACGUCAAGGUGAUCCGGGACUUCAACACGAACAAGUGCAAGGGCUUCGGGUUCGUCACCAUGACCAACUACGACGAGGCCGCCAUGGCCAUCGCCAGCCUGAACGGCUACCGGCUCGGCGACCGCGUGCUGCAGGUCUCGUUCAAAACCAACAAGUCGCACAAGGCUUAA